GUGUUUCCGGUGCGUCACACACGCGCGUCAGUUUGUUUUCAUUCAUCUGUUGAGUUAAAUUCGGUGGUCAUGUCGGAUCCGGACACUGUUGCGGCUGAGGAAGGUUCUCUAAGCGGUCUAAAGCUCGCGUCGCACGCCCCGCUGGAUGACGCGCAGCGCGCCGGCCGGAUGAAGUGCUCCAGAUGCGGCGCGUCGCGUAUGUUCUACUGCUACAGCUGCUGCGCGCUAGUCGGGCUCGACCCGCAUGACGUUCCGAGUGUCAAGCUGCCAGUGAAGAUCGACAUCAUCAAACACCCAAAUGAAACUGACGGCAAGAGCACAGCGGUGCAGGCCAGACUGCUCGCGCCGCAGGACGUCACCAUCUACACCUAUCCCUGCAUCCCAGACCUCGACCAGUCCAAAGAAAAUAUUGUGCUGGUGUUUCCCGGUCCAGACGCCAUGACUGUGGAGAAAUUAUGGGAUUAUUUUUCUGCCAGCGGGCAGCCGAAACCAAAAAGAUUGAAGGUGGAGAAACAGAAUGAUGAGGCUGAAACGCACACUUGUCCAAUACAGAGAGUGAUUUUCAUCGACAGCACCUGGAACCAAACCACCAGAAUCAUCACGGAUGAACGUCUUCAAGCUUUACCAAGCGUGGAGCUGAAGAGCAGAAGAACCUGUUUCUGGAGGCAUCAGCGAGGGUCUCCAAACACAUACCUGGCGACUAUAGAAGCCAUUUACUAUUUCCUGAAGGAUCUUCACGACCAAUAUCUUCCUGUGUAUAAAGGAGAGUACGACAACCUGCUCUUCUUCUUCUCAUUCUUACAUAAACUGAUCAACAAAGCCAAACAGGCAGCUGGGAAACUAUGAUGAGGAGACACAUCUGACUCGCCGCAGCUGCGUUU